GAAAGCACAACAGGAGGAAGUUAGGAAAUAGUCGUCCCGCAACAGAUACUGCUGCCUUUUCCUCAGCCGAGUCCCCCGUCGGUCCUUGUGCAUUUAGCUCGCUCUGGCCCGGUCAGCUUGGGCUCCGACGAGGUUAUUUCCGUGGUCGAAGAAGAAGGGCUCCAGCAAAAAACAGCUGCGCAGAAAAAGUAGGCAAGCCCAACGCUAACGGCAAGAUGGUGGAUCGUUUCGUGUCCGCCGGCAUCCUCUCCUGCCUGGUCUGCGCUCUCGCUCCACUUUUGGCAGAGGCGCAGCACUUCGGUGUUGAUCCCCGCCACUGCCCGGACCCCGGCCUAAUCGCGUGGCCCCACCCGACUGCGUGCGACCGGUACACGCGCUGCGAGAACGGCACCGUCACCGAGGAGGUCUGCCCCAACGGCCUCCUGUUCGACCCCAAGGGCGGCAUCUUCGACUUCUGCAACUACAACUGGAGGGUGGACUGCGGAGAGAGGCUCGAGAAGCCGGGUCCGAUUCCGUCUCCCGACUGCCCCUGGCAGUUUGGCGUGUUCCCCAGCGCCAGCUGCGUGGAGUACUUCAAGUGCGAGUGGGGUCACGCUAACCUGACCCACUGCGAGCCGGGACUGGCUUAUGACGACGCAACCCACUCCUGCAACUGGCCAGACCUCGUCGACGGAUGUGACUCCGAAGCCAUCGUGGGCUUCCGCUGCCCGGACAAGGUGACCGGGCCCGGGGCCAAGUUCUACCCGUACCCGCGCUACCCUCAUCCGGCCGAUUGCACGAGGCUCAUCACCUGCGUUCACGACAAGCCGAGGCUCAUCAGCUGCGGCUACGGGAGCGCCUUCAGCCACUACAGCUACACGUGCGAGGACGCCGCUAACGUGCCGGACUGCCCACUUGUUCACGGCCACAAGAAGAAGUAAGCUGUUGGCGAGGACGGUUCAAACGCAAGGCUGGCGGAACAGCCUGCUGCCAUGACACAAGCUCCUGGUUGAACCUUCUGCGAAUUAUUUUAUGCCGUCGUUACAGAAAAUAAAACAACAGACUAUUAUCGGUG